AUGGCGAGUGCCCAGGCGUCCGGUGCAGCCUCGCACCCAUACACCUGCAACACCUGCCAAGUUGCGUAUCGCAACAUCGAUCUGCAGAAGGGGCACAUGAAAAGUGAUUGGCAUCGAUACAAUCUUAAACGCCGAGUUGCCUCGCUGCCUCCCAUUUCUUCCGACGUCUUCACUGAGAAGGUUCUGCAGGCAAGGGCGGUGUCAAGCGCUGAAGCAGACAAAGCCUAUUUCGAACGAGUAUGUGACAUCUGCGAAAAGACAUACUACAGCGAGAAUGCAUUCCAGAACCACUUGUCAAGUCAGAAGCACAAGGCGAAGGAAGCCAGUAGUGGGCAAACUGUUUCUGGUCGAGCUGACGACGAAACGACCUCGAUCGUCAGCUCUACGUUCUCCCUCGGCGAACCUAUUGCACCCAGCCAAGCAGAGGUUGAUUCCGACGCCGAGGAAGAAUUCAGCCAUGUUGUUGAAGGCCUCCAGAAGGCGAGCAUCACUGAACAAAGGCCAUCUCCUGUCAAGCGUCCCUCACACCCCCAGCCUUCCGUCCCAGACGCUGCACAAGGCGAUAAUGACGACAACAGGGCCUCCGACUCAGCCACGCCUGUUCCUGCUACCCAGGGUCCCAACUUGACACUGGAAUCAUGCUUGUUCUGCAACUAUACCUCUCCAACCAUUCCUCUCAACACCCAUCAUAUGGAACGCUUUCAUGGCAUGUUCAUCCCCGAGAAGAAGUAUCUUGUUGAUAUCGACGGCUUGCUCAAGCAACUCCAAGAUAAAAUCCGAGAGCACCAUCAGUGCCUGUACUGUGACAAGAUCAAAUCGUCCAUGUUUGGAAUUCAGACACAUAUGCGCGAUACAGGCCACUGCAAGAUCCCCUACGAGACUGAGCGUGACCAGCUUGACAUUGGGGAUUUCUAUGAUUUCAGGAGUACCUACUCUGACGAUGGGGAGAUGAGUGACGAUGGCUCGGUUGCGAACGAGACAAGUGGAGGAGCGAAGCUAGGGGCACGACGUCCUUCCAAGCUCACUGGGGAGGAUGGAGCUGAGGUUGAGGAGGGCGAAGGGGCAGACGGUUGGGAGACGGAUAGUUCAGAGUCGUCUUUGGACUCAGCUGAUCUUACUGCCGUACCGGCUGAAGGCCAUAUUCACCAGUUCGAGCGCCUCGAAAAGCACCCACAUCACUCACGACAAGAUCCAAGACAAAGACACCAAGCCGAUGGCUGGCAUUCUCACGCCCACAAACCUACCCGUGCCGUCUUUUAUGACGAUUACGAGCUUCACCUCCCUACCGGCAAGUCAGUUGGUCAUCGUUCGUUGAACAAGUACUUCCGACAGAAUUUGCACAACCACCCCUCGGCCGAGGAGAGAGCAGAGAGAUUGGCUAUCGAAAGCGCUGAGACCGAGCAACAGGGUUCGACUUCCGAUGGCCAGCUCGUGGAGAGGGAGACGGGAUCUGGAUCCCGUGAAAUGGUACCGCGCGGAAUGGCAGGCAUGAUUGGCGCGCCUGAACAACAAAAGAGGCGAGCUCGCCGUGCAGAAGAACGAGGAAGAACCUUAGAACAAGUUCACACAAAGCAAAGGGACUUGGCCUACGGAAAGAAACACAAUAACCAUAAGAACUACUACUACCGUGAGAUGGGUGGAGGUUGA